UCAUGGCGAUCACACUCGAAAUCUCAUCACGCUCCAUCGGACCAGGAAGUUCGAAACACACUCAACAAAAUGAAAUUCCUCAUCGUGUCCUUCGCUCUGGUUGCCUUCGUGGCGGCUCAACAGUAUCAUGUGCAGCCGCCUAUAGCCAUUCUAAAACAGGCACAGGACAUCUCGCCCGAGGGAACUUACAACUACCAGUACGAGACCGAGAACGGCAUCGCGGUGGCCGAGUCGGGCGCGCCACAACCCGUAGGACCCAAGGGUGAGCCUGCGGUGGUCGCUCAGGGUCAAUACCAGUACACUGCCCCCGACGGCACCCCCAUCGCCUUGAGCUACGUCGCCGACGAGAACGGUUUCCGUCCUCAGGGCGCUCACCUGCCGGUCGCUCCCGCCGUCCCCGAGCAGAUCCAAAGGGCCGUUGCAUACGUGCUGGCUCACCCACAACCCGAGAACCAGCAAUAGACGACAAAUAGCGAUAUUUCAUGGACAAUGCGAAUACCUCUCGAGCCACGUGUAUAAAUAUGAUACAUGUAUAAGCAUAAAUAUAGGUUUCUUAAGAUAAAUACAAGUGUUUCUUAGAAAACGGAAA